UUAAUUUUCCCAUUCAGCUGAACAGUCAGUCGCACCUUCCACACCAGCGCCAGGUCAGGACAAAGAUGAAACUCUCGGCGCUCUUAUUUUCUCGCCUUUUGAGAGUUUAACAACUUCGAGCCUUCCUCCGGAGUUUAACCUUCCAGSCUGCCGCUGUUUUAGCCAAGUUUUCCCCGGUCAAACUUCACCUUGAGCCGCCGCCGGUGGAGUGGGGUCGACGCGCGGAGCAGCGUGGAUAAACAAAUAAACAGAGUGAGAGUGCGACGCAACAGGAUUAUUACCUUGACGUUAACCUGAAGGAGGUGAAGCGAUCGGCCUGUGAGAUUACCUGUUUUCUGAUCUCCGCUGCACGAUAAUAAUGCCUUUGAGGUUACAAUGACUACGCUGAAGCACGUUAUUCUGCAGGACAAAGACCAGGACAAAGAAAGGAAGCUGGAUUGGAGUUACAUUGAAUGGGUUGAGAAUGAAGUUGUCACGACAGGUCUGGUGGACGCCCAAACGCAAACGGACUCGGGGCCUUUAGAGGACAAGGAGAUUCAGACCUGCAGCCCCGUCAUAAUGCACAUAGACCUGAAACGGACUCACUCCAAGCUGAGGCAUUCGUGUGCGGUGGAGACUGACGGUUUGGCAGCACCGUUCUUCCAGUUUGACCGCCAAGCUCCCGGGCGGAUCUCCACAUCUCCGACCCUGAGGAGGAUGAGGAGCACGCGGCGUUCGGUCAUAAACACUCGAGAUCCUGUCAUGAUGGAGAGCACUCAGGAGGAGCCCUCGUCCACCACGACGACGUCCCCGAAAAGCCCCCUUUCGCCUCUCGCCGCAAACCCCGUCUCUGAUGAAGAGCUCAACCAUCAGUCAGGUUCACAGAGGACCAGAUCACACAGAUCAAAGACUUUGGAGAACGGGGUCAGUUCCACAAAACAGCAGUGUCACAGCGCUCAUCCUGCUCUUUUUAAAAAAUCUGGAUUUCCUGAUGGAGAAUUGCAGGAGUCAGAACACAGRGACGGCAGGCUUCAUGAGAGGAGGCGGAGCUCCGUGGUGGUCAGUUUACCUGGAUCAGACGUUUCACCCGGAGACCUUUUUGUGUCAAAUGGAGCAGCUGACAUGAUAAAUGAUUCAAAUUUAUCAGAUACAAAGAAAUCAAAGUGGCCCUUUUUAAGGCGUAGUACGACUAAAGGGAAGUUGCAGAUAGGCGGAGUUCCAGAUAUAGAAAAAUGCCUUUCAACGGUUCAGAUUCAAGACUGGAGGAGUACUGAAUUUCAGAAAUACAAGGACUUCUCUCUGCCUGAGUUCCUCCAGGAUCAGCAGGUGAGCAUGACCUCUGACCCUCAGGGUCGAAAGAGACAAGAGGCCAUCUGGGAACUCUUCACCAGCGAGUGUGUUUACUUCCUGGAUCAGCUCAUGGUUCUCAAAGAGGUGUUUUUGGCGACGCUCACAGACCUGCAGCUGAAGAGCUGCCUCACAGAUGUGGACUCYUGGAGGCUGUUUGCAAACCUGAAUGAACUCUGUCUGGUGAGUUCCAGUUUCUUGAAGAACCUCCUGCGUGUCAUUAAGGACACGCUGGAGAUCACGAAGGGCGGCGGGCCCACCCUGCUGCAGCUGCUGAGCAAGACGUUUCAGGAGAGCAUAUGUCACUGCCUGGAGAAGUACUGCCUCAACUACUCCUCAGCUCUGCUUUAUCUGUACAACCUGAUGUCCAGGGAGGAUUUUGGAUCAUACGUAAAGUGGGGCGAGAGGAACGAGCAGUGCCGGAGGCUGCUGCUACGCGACCUUUUGGUGGCGCCUCUGCACAGGCUAACCCGAUACCCGCUGCUGCUGAGGAACAUCGCAAAGAGGUGRCAGCUGGCGGAGGAGAGCAGAGGGCUGCUGGUUGUGACCGAGCAGGUGGACGCGUCUAUAUGUGACUUGGAGGGAAAGGUCAAAUGGCUGGAUAACUACAGGAAGGUGAAACAGCUGAGGGAUGCGUUGGUGUGGCCGCCUGUGUGGGAGAGAGAGAAGAGAUCCUUCAUCCCAGAGAAUCUGAAACACCUGCUGAAGGCCGUCACCCUGGAGAAUCUCAUCUCUCACCGGAGUCUGCUGCACGAAGGGAAGCUGGUGCUCACAGAGAACACAAAGCUSAUCGAUGUUUAUCUGUUCCUGUUCGACGAAUUCCUGCUGAUCACAAAGAUAAAGAGGAACAAAAAGAGGUCCACAAAUUCUGAGAACUCUCUGAGGCUGCAGCAGAACCUGGAGCUGGAUCAGCUGCUGAAGGAGGGAUGCACCUUCACGGUUCUGGACCAGCCCAUCUCUCUGGACCGACUCCAGCUGAAGAACAUCGAUCAGCUCAAUGCCUCCACAUCGGGUCUGCCUCACUCUUUCAUAAUAAUGCACCACAACCGCUACCAACAGUGUAUCGGUGCGUUCAUCCUGCAAGCUGCAUCAGAGGCUGCCAAGAGGGAGUGGUUAUCAAAGAUGGAAGGUGCGGCGUCGGCGCUGCUGAAGCUGGACUCUCAGCAGCCACGGCUGAAGAAUACAUCCUCCUGGUUGGAGUCCUCACAGAUCUGACCCAUCAGGUCCAGUCAGUGUGAACUUCAGACUGACAUCUGAACCACUCAAACAGCACUGGGACUGUUUUUUUUUUGUAAAUUACAUGUGUGCCUUUUAAAGGCAGAAACUGCAUUAGUGUUCAAUAAAUUCUGAAUAUGAAGA